AAAAAAAAUCUUGUAGAGGUUAAGAAACUACAUGACAACAAUUUUCAACAAAUUUCAUUACAAAAAGAAACAUAAAUUUCAGUAAGAAAAUUAUGAUUUUAUGAAGAAGAAAAACUUCUUAAUGUUAGCAAUCGGAAAGCAAUUAAUAAAUACAAGAAGAGUUUUAGAUUUUCAAAUAGUGCAAAAAAUGUCUAAGAAGGUGGCAAAGAAAAAUGAAAAGUCUGUGUCGACGAAAGUAAUUGAGAAACCUCAAGGACCGAUUUCUCUCGAGAAAGAUGGAACGAUAUCAAUUAGGAUUAAAGCGAAACCAGGUGCAAAACAUAAUAAUAUAACAGAUAUAUCCGAAGAAGGUGUAGGAGUUUCGAUAUCAGCCCCACCAGUUGAAGGAGAAGCGAAUACCGAACUCGUAAAAUAUAUGGCAUCUGUUUUGGGUUUAAGAAAAUCAGAUGUAUCCUUGGAUAGGGGCUGUCGAAGUCGUCAAAAGAAGAUUCUCGUCACUGGCACUAGUAUAGAAAAAAUAAUGGAAAAAUUAAAAGAAGAAAUGAAGAGUUGACUUUAAUUUCUUUGAGCCUUGUCAUCGAGCCAAGGUCUGAAAAUUGGUAGAGUCGAUGGAUAAUGAGCUCCUCUCUUCGAUGGAGCUGUUCCCACUGGGGCUCCCUCCUGUCUCAGAGGAUAUGUUGCAAGGACAAUAGGAAUCUGUAGUUUUAUUUCCUUAUCCAGGCUCUUUGGACUUAUAACGAACUGCGAUAAAAUACGUUUCAUUUUAUUCAAUUUCAAAAGUGUUUUAAUAAAUAUUUUUUAUAAAGUUUUAA